AAAAGCAAACUGAUACUGCUAAUGUCAACAUUUCAACACUGUAACAAUUAGUAGGAAACCUGGCCAAAAGGGAAACCUGAGAUGCAAACUUCCAACAAAAUCAAAUGUGGUAUACAGGUUAUUCAUGAGUUAUGCAGAAACUAUGAUGUCACUUGAAAUACAAAACGUUGGCAAUGGUUGUGCUUUAUUCAAUUCUAAAUGUGUGGCAUAGUUUGAUAGUUUACAAAGAAAAUAAAAAGUGUUAAGUUCCACAGAGAAAAUUUUCUUAGGGGAUUGGAACUAGAGUUAAUAAAAGAUUAUUUACAGCAGAGGAAAAACAUGUUUCUCUCUAGGGAACUAUGCAAAAAAAAUUGUGCGGCACACUGGUGAGCUGACAGGUAAAGAAGUGGGUGCAGCAUCACAAAGACCUAACACAACAACAAAAAAGCAAAAAAGAUGUCAAUUGUGCCCUACAAGAAAGAACGGGAAAAACAAAAACAUACUAUCAGUGUAAGCAAUACUUGUGUAUGGAACAUAGAGUUGUCAUGUGUGAAGACAGCCUUGGGUGUGCAGUUGAAUCAAAGCUUAUUUUUCUGGUACAGUUUUAUUGGUAUUUAAAUUGUAGUUAAUAUAGGAUUUAUUUCUGAUGUUAUCUUUUAGGCUUUGUUAAGGAAGUACACAGCUGCUUGAAAAUAUGAUGUCUAUUCUAAACACACAAUACGAAGAAUUUAAUAAUUUGUUGAUAUUUUGUCCCUGUGAAUCACACAUUAUACACUAAGAACUUCCUGACACAACAGCAAGAUCGCUGAAAUUCCAGUAUGUCCAAAAGAGGCCAGGAAAACAAGGGACCUGUGCUGUCAGUAAAGCAGUGCGUGUGUAUGGAAUGUGCUGUUGUCCUGUGUGCAGACUGCUAGGUGUGAUAACUGAAGACUUUUUUUUGGUAGAGUGCUAGUGGUAUUUUCAUUGCAACUCAUAUUGGAAUUUAUUUCUAAUGUUCUUUGUACACCCAAAAAGCAGUCGAUGUUUCAAAUUUCGAUGCUUUUUUAGACAAAUACUAAAAACCUCAGCAUUUUAUUUUUGUGAUUUUUUUCCCGUUAAGUACUCACUGUUUAAUAUAAUUAAACUCACAAAGUUACAGUUAGUAAUUCAUCAACAGAAAUACUCUACAGACUAAGCGUGGGUCUCACCGACCCAUGUUCAUGUACCCUGAUGAAAAAAUCAGCCUUACACUCGAAACGCUAGGAGACUAAGGCCGGGGAAGUUUUGAGGAGGACUGCACAAGCUGUUUGGAAGCCCGAAUCCUUGCUACCUGGAUCACUCAGGUGGGCGGCAGGAGUCCAAGGCCGGGUGUGCAGGGGGCUGCAGGGCAUCCUUGCAGAAGUUCCCCGCAGAGACUUCGUGGCGGUUCUCGUCCUCGGCUCCUGCGCCCUCGGGGCUCCUGCCUCAGCAGGACUGGUUAUUAUGUGGUGGUGAGCAGGCGACUGCUGACGGCUUUCACAGGAAACUGCAGAAAGGGGUGCGUGCUUCAGCCCGUUCUAGGACCGCGGCAAGGCUCGGGCUCCGAGCGCUCGGCGCCCACGGCAGCGCUGGGCGGCGGAGCGGGGACUGCGCCUCCGCCAGCUCUGGCGCCGCCCUGGCAGGGGCUUCCGGCCCGCGCUCCGCAGCCCGGGGCCCAAGUCCUCUUCCCGGCAACCGCACAGCGGGAGGGACCGCGCUCCGGGCGCCAGGGCGCGGUCGGCGGGGCAACACAAGAAAGCUGCCCGAAACGAAGAAGCGCCAUACUCGAGGCGGCUGAGGCGACAGGCGAGUAACGACGAGCGGGCUCCCGAGCCGCGCCGGAAUCGUCCGAGCCGUGCAGGAAACCCCGAACCGCGCCGGAACUACCCCGCCUCACCUGGCGCAGGGGUGCUGAAGGCCCGGCACAGGCAUGGCCGGCAGCGCAGCGGACAGCGCCAGCCACCUGCCCUUCUUUUACGGCAACAUCACCCGCGAGGAGGCAGAGGAUUACCUGGUGCAGGAGGGCAUGACCGACGGGCUGUACCUGCUGCGCCAGAGCCGCAAUUACCUGGGCGGCUUUGCGCUGUCGGUGGCGCACGGGCGCAAGGCGCACCACUACACCAUCGAGCGCGAGCUGAACGGCACCUACGCCAUCGCAGGCGGCCGCGCCCACAACAGCCCCGCCGACCUCUGCCACUACCACUCUCUGGAGCCCGACGGCCUGGUCUGCCUGCUCAGCAAGCCCUGCAACCGGCCGCCCGGCGUGCAGCCCAAGACAGGGCCCUUCGAGGACCUGAAGGAAAACCUCAUCAGGGAGUAUGUGAAGCAAACGUGGAACCUACAGGGCCAGGCUUUGGAGCAGGCCAUCAUCAGUCAGAAACCACAGCUGGAGAAGCUGAUUGCCACCACAGCGCACGAGAAGAUGCCCUGGUUCCACGGAAAUAUCUCCCGGGGCGAGUCUGAGCAGAUCGUCCUCAUCGGAUCUAAGACAGAUGGCAAGUUCCUGAUUAGGGCCAGAGACAACAAUGGCUCCUACGCCCUUUGCCUGCUGCAUGAAGGGAAGGUGCUACACUACCGCAUCGACAGAGACAAGACGGGGAAGCUCUCCAUCCCCGAGGGGAAGAAGUUCGACACACUUUGGCAGCUAGUUGAGCAUUACUCUUACAAGCCAGAUGGUUUGCUAAGAGUUCUUACAGUUCCAUGUCAAAAAAUUGGCGCACAAGCUGCUCAUCCACAAAGUUCCAGUUUCGCGAGCUGGUCACCGGGUGGAAUAAUCUCCAGACUCAAAUCCUACUCCUUCCCAAAGCCUGGCCACAGAAAGGCCCAACCGUCCCCCGGGAGCCGGCCGGAAAGCAUGGUGUCCUUCAACCCUUAUGAGCCAGAGCACGGUGGGUCCUGGGCUCCGGAGAGAGGCCCCCAGAGAGAGCCCCUGCCCAUGGACACCGAAGUGUAUGAGAGCCCUUAUGCAGACCCAGAAGAGAUCAGGCCCAAAGAGGUCUACCUGGACCGGAACCUGCUGACCCUGGAGGAGAAUGAGCUGGGCUCUGGGAACUUCGGGACCGUGAAGAAGGGCUACUACCAAAUGAAGAAAGGCGUGAAAACAGUGGCUGUGAAAAUCCUGAAGAAUGAGGCCAACGACCCUGCUCUGAAGGCUGAGCUACUGGCUGAGGCCAACGUCAUGCAGCAGCUGGACAACCCCUACAUUGUGCGCAUGAUCGGCAUCUGCGAGGCCGAGUCCUGGAUGUUGGUGAUGGAGAUGGCCGAGCUCGGCUCGCUCAACAAGUACUUACAGCAGAACAGGCAUGUCAAGGAUAAGAACAUCAUAGAGCUGGUCCACCAGGUCUCCAUGGGAAUGAAAUACCUGGAGGAGUGCAACUUCGUGCACCGAGACCUGGCUGCCAGGAACGUGCUGCUGGUCACGCAGCACUAUGCCAAGAUCAGCGAUUUCGGGCUCUCCAAAGCACUUGGUGCCGAUGAAAACUACUACAAGGCCCAGACCCACGGGAAGUGGCCGGUGAAGUGGUAUGCCCCGGAGUGCAUCAACUACUACCGCUUCUCCAGCAAGAGCGACGUGUGGAGCUUCGGAGUGCUCAUGUGGGAAGCCUUCUCCUAUGGCCAGAAGCCCUACCGAGGGAUGAAAGGAAGUGAAGUCACCGCCAUGCUGGAGAGAGGCGAACGCAUGGGCUGCCCUCAAGGGUGUCCAAGGGAGAUGUACGAACUGAUGAACCUCUGCUGGACCUACGAGGUGGAGAAGCGGCCGGGCUUCGCAGCGGUGGAACUGCGCCUGCGCAACUACUACUAUGAUGUGGUGAACUAGCAGUUCUGGUCUGGUCUGAGGGUGCCCUGGGUCAGAUUUGCAGCACAGGACAACGCACUCAGACAAGCAGAUUUUCAGGGUUUCCUACUCCCUCUGCCCGGGGAGGGCACCAGCCCCGCUUGGACCUUUGGAGGCGCUGGCGACUCAGCGGAAGCUGCCUGCUUCGGCCUUCCAGAGCAAGCCCGGCCCAGCCUGGCACAUGAGCAGCAGGACUGAGACUCCGGGUUCCCUGGCCUUGACUGUGCGGUGUUCCUGACAAAUUGCUUUUAGGAACAGUCUCCAGUUCCUUCCUGCUGAUGCACGCUCUGGGCCCAGGGCUGAGAGGUUCCCAGCUCUCCAGGCUCCACCUUUCAGCAUCCGAGUCCAGGCGGGACCAGAAUGGGGUGCCAAUUGGAGCUCCACCACUGAGAGGCUGCCGGGAGGGGAAAGGGCCGCAGCUUGGAAAGGAAGAAGGAUCAGGUUUGACCAGCACAGCUUCUAAGCUAGCAGCCACAGUUAAUGAAACGGUAAUAACGGUGUCCCGGAGCCCACACACACACUGCGCCCAGGACAGGAAACCACCAGGUGGAUUGGGCACCGCCUGCAGGGGCCCACCUUGGCUCCCUCUGAAUCCCCUUCCUGUGGACUACCAGGAGGACUGCCCAAGUGUGCCAUACUGGGGCCGUAACCCAGGGCCUGCAGCAUCCCGUGGAGCCAGGAUCCUCACUUUCCUGGGCGUCUUCGCUGCGGGCCCUGGUCCUCUAGCCUCUGUUACUAUCACUGAAUGCCUGACGUAAUUUAUAAAGAAAAACAUGUUUCUCACGCUUCUCAAUACAGGGGAGUUCCAUCAAGGUGUAGUACCUGGGGCUGUCCUUCCCACAUCAAAGCUUGGUGAGGUUGUCACUGGGAGACACAGCGAGUCUCAGCACCCCCUCUUCCUAGCCAUCCAGAGGGGCUCCCGAGAGAGCCCCCUGACCUUCAACAAGCACAGGCCUCACCAAGCCUGACUUGGGGCUAAAGAUGCAAGACCUGGAAAUUCCCUUCUCGUCUCCUACCCUUAGCUACUUCCUCACUUAGGGUUCACUUAUGCAAAACAUCACAUCACCCCUAGCUAGGGCUUUGCUGAGGCUCUGGAAAGUUAAAGUGAGCCGGCCCUGUUCUGUCAGCAGACAUGGCCAGCCUGGGUACUUUGCAUCCUCACAGCUCAGGCUGUCAGCGGGCACCUGAGCCCCUGCCCCACCGGGGAAGGAGGCAGGAGAAGAGGGGUGGGCAGCAGCUCUGCUGAGCCACAAGAUGGGAGUCACGCGGAAAACCGGGGUCAGGGGUGUUUGGGAGAUGGGCUAGUGGUUUAAUUGUUCUGUUGAAGUUGGGUCCCUGCAUGUGGGCACCGAGCAGAUCCCACAAACUCAAAGUCCCACAGGAACUGAGAUAAGUGUCAGAGUCUGCCGUGAGGCUGAGCUGACAGCAGGGUUUGAUGGUGCUGCCAGAGGAAGGCGGCACACAGGUCAGGGGGCCCCUCCCCCCAGCUCUGUCUGCAGCACGGCCCAUUGCCUGCGGAGUGGGGUGGGGUAUGGAGUGGCUGGAGCCCUGUGUGUCUUCUUUACAGUGAUUUUCCAGCUUUGGCAGCAGCCUUUCCCCCAAAAACCUUUGAGAAAGCUGGCCUGCCAGGCCUCAGGCUCUUCUCUCCUCCCUGGAAGAGGCAGGCUCCAGCCCACAGAAGUCCCAAGGUAGCUAGCAUGAUGGGUCACUUCUAGGGAUCCACUCUCCUGUCGCUGGAGUCGCCAGGCAGGACAGUGGGGAAGGGCAGUCCAGUGAUUUAGGGUCAUACUGGGAGAAGGGCCAAGUCCUCCUGGAGCAUCCGUCCUGGGCUGGGUGUCCAUGAAGCCCCAGGGCAUGCUCACCUAUGUCUGCCCAGCACUGGUCAUCUGAGUGCCUCCCCAUCCCUCUGCAGCAGGGUGCAGAGGUCCAUCCAGCUGUCUGCCACAUCAUGCUGCCUGCAGAUGCCAAAGACUCCUGGUGCCUCGGGGACAGGUGCUUCCACACCCACACACUGUCAGAGUGGUGAUUUAUGCUUGCAUCUGAGCACGUCCUGUCCUCCUGCUCUCCAGCCCCAGCCCUGCUUUGAUCUGCUGGACUGUGACUUUAUGUGGGUGUCACUUGUGGCUCCUGAGUAUUCCCCGGAUCUCCCAUCUUAGGAGCUGUUCGUCCUCCAGCCUCCUGGAGAGCUCCUGCCACACAGUGUGUUUUGUUUUGCAUUUGUUUCAGUGCUACAUUUUGUCACUGGAGAUUUUUUCAGACUAAUUUUUAAUAAAAACAUUGAAUGGCUUCA